AUGCCGCUGCGGCUGGCGCUCUGCCUGCUGGCGCUCUGCAGCCCCGCCGCCGCGCACGGUGGAAUCUGCUGGCUGCAGCAGGGGAAGGAGGCCAAGUGCACCAUGAUCCUGAAGACGGGCGUGACGUGGGAGGAAUGCUGUGCCAACGGCAACGUGGACGUGGCCUGGUCUAAUUACACCUACCCAGGCAACAAGAUCAGCCUGCUGGGCUUCCUGGGGCUGGUCACCUGCCACCCCUGCAAAGAGAGCUGCGAGGGGGUGGUGUGCGGCCCCGACAAGGUGUGCAAGAUGAAGCACGGCCGCCCCCAGUGUGCCUGCGCCCCCGACUGCUCCAGCCUGCCCCGCAAGCUGCAGGUCUGUGGCUCUGAUGGCUACACCUACCGCGACGAGUGUGACCUGCUGACAGCCAAGUGCAGAGACCACCCCGACCUCGAAGUGAUGUACCAGGGCAAAUGCAAAAAGUCCUGCUCCAGCGUGGUGUGUCCUGGCACGCACACCUGCGUGGUGGACCAGACGGGCAGCGCCCACUGCGUGAUGUGCCGGACAGCGCCCUGCCCUGAGCCCACCAGCCUGGACCACGCCCUGUGUGGCAACAACAACGUCACCUACCCGUCGGCGUGCCACCUGCGGCGGGCCACCUGCCACCGCGGCCGCUCCAUCGGCGUGCGCCACUACGGGAGCUGCUCAGCUGCGGCCAAAUUCUCUGCGGAGACGGACAGCGUGGAGGAGAACUACGUGUGA